AUGAGGGACUCCCUGCUGAAAGGUCCUAGUCCUCAUCCAGUCGAAGAAGGGGUCAAACAGCAGCUGCUUUACUGCCGUGUUGGCAUUGGCUACCAUCUCCAGAUUCUGCCCAGUGGCUCUGUUGGAGGCAUCCACAAACCCACAGAGUAUUCUUGGCUCAAGGUGUUUGCUAUGAAGCAUGGAGUGGUGGGAAUCAAAGGAGUCGAGAGUGGUUUGUACCUCUGUAUGAGUCGAGAAGGCCUGGCAUAUGGCGCGGAGCACUUUUCUGCUGACUGCUUGUUGAAGGAGAUCCUGGAAGAAAAUCAUUACACCACCUAUUCCUCUCUGUCUCAUCCGGGCAUCUACCUGGCUCUUUCCCACAAAGGAGACCUCAGAAAAGGUAGCAGUGUGGGCCGCCACCAGUCCUGCACACACUUCCUUCCUAGAAGACCGCCAUGA